AUGUGGCAAUCAUCAGUGUUGGUCCUGCUCACCAUGUCAGCAUGUUUUGCCUUCCCUGCAUCCGGCGGGUUAGAUGUUGAAAACCUUAGCGCGGGAGGAAAGAAGUUCUUCAUGGACAUGACCAAGCAGGUAAUGGGGGUACCAUCAUUGAAGCCGGAGAAUCUCGCUGCCCAGUCGUUUUUCCGCAGUUUCCUUGAUAAAUACACAAAACUAGACGACAAGAAGUACAACGUGGACCCGCAUCAAGCCUUCCAGAUUCUGUCCACAUUCUUCGAGAACUUCAAGAAAGGCGCCAGCGGCAAUGUUGCGCAGCAGGGAAUAAAGAUGGCAGGAAAAUUAUUCGGAAAGAAAGAGAAGGCCUAG